AUGAGAUUGUUCACUCUCCUUCCACCUAAGGAAAUCGUCAAGAAGACCACUUCCUCCAAGAAGGUUGACGCUCCUCCUCCAUCUGCCGACAAGUCCAGGGCCAAGAAGAACAAGAAGCCAUCUGUGACUGGUAACGAGGCUGGUUUGAAGUUCAAGAACCAGAAUCCUGACGUUGAGCCACCAAAGUCCACUGAGCGUCGUACUGCCAAGAGUAAGAACUACGACAGACACUCCAAGAGCGGAAAGACCGAGACUGCCAAGUCUCAAAAGACCAAGCUUGGAGAUGAAGCCGAGGCCCAGAUUGAGGCCGAGGCGGAUGCUGCUGAGGAAUUGGCUGCUGAGGAGGAAGAGGAGGCCGAAAAGCCAGUUUACAAGACUCUUGAUGACUACUUCAGCGAGUUGCAAUUGCAACAGGAGGGUCUUGCUGCUCAGCCGAAGAGAGCCCCUAACGCCGGUGCUGAGGACAAGUGGUCCAAUGCUGAAUUGCUUGUUAAAGAAAGAGAGGUCUUUAUUCCACCAACUUCUGUCAAGCAAACCAAGCAAAAGGCCAAGAAGGCCAAGCAGUACGUGGAUGUCAACGUUAUUGUUGCCGACGAGGUUCGUAUCCCAAGAGAGAGACCAGCUAGAUCCAGCAACACCAGAGGUAGAGGAAGAGCUCCAAGAGGCAAGGCACCUAAGUCUGCUGCCCCAAAGAUCGAACUUAACGACAAGAACUUCCCAGCUCUAUGA